AUGCUGAUGAGGCACGCGAUAGCGUCCCGAAGGUUCCAGUUCGACUAUUUGGCGUGCAUUACUGAUGUCGAUUAUGCCGACAUGCUCGAGUGGCUGGGAGAAUCGUGGACGCGUGUGCGAGCGGCAACCAUGCAGAGGAGCUGGUGGCGCGCCGGAUGCGUGCCGUCGAGCUGGCCGCCACUGAUGGCGUACUUGGACGACACGUGCGCAACAGGCAUGUUUGAGCCGCUUAUUGCGAUUUGCGUCGAUCUGCAGUUGCUCAUCGAGAAGUUCAAGGGGUUCAUAGCCACACCAGCUGCGAGCGCGUCGUCGGACUCGUCGGGCGAGAUGAGCCUGCCCGAUGGCCCAUUGCUGCGGGACAAGCGCAGCAAGCGGCGCGUGAUUCGCAACGUGGAGGUCGGUAUUCCCCCGGCCGCGGUCCCAGCAGAGGUCGGCGCAUCAAACCAGGAGGUGAUAUCCCGCUUGUGCAGGACGCCAGUCAAGCGUGCACGCGCGGGUGUGCGAGCUCUGGACGGGGCAGACACAGAGGAGCACGACAGUGAUGACGACGAGUGA